AUGAACAGCUCGCCGCAAAACACCAACAGCAUCGGCGGCCAGAGGCGGACGACCGGUAUCGACAACAGCGACGAGGAGGAAUGGAGCGGCGUCGUCGAAUGUGCUGUCCUUGAAAGAACCAAGUCCGAUCGAGCUACACGCGCUGAUGAAGACAGACGUCGGCGGACGAUUAUCGUUGAGAAGAAAAACGGCACGUACGGUUUCACAUUACAGAGCUACGGGAUACACUAUAAGAGGGAGCAGGAGAUAGAGAUGGUUACGUAUGUGGAUUACGUAGAAUACGAUGGACCGGCGUUCAAAGCUGGUAUGCGAGAGGGUGACGUAAUACUGUCUAUAAACGGUCACGAGAUGGACAGAGCCGAUCACAAGACUCUUGUGAAUUUUAUCAAGAACUGUGAUACCAGAAUGCGAAUGGUCGUGUCCUUCGAAGAUUGCGUUAGAAAGGUGGAAUUGCAUAUGCGUUACAUCGAAUUGCAACGCGCCCUUCAAUCUCGUCUAGGUGAACUGGAAAGACUGUGCGAAAGAGAACGGUCUAUUUUAAUGGGCCGAUGGAAGACCCAUUCACUGCCAGCACGCAAGAGAACGCCUAACAGCAUCGCCGGCAUUCAUCCUAAUCAACCCUCGCCCUCUUCUAGCUUCAAUUCUUCCACUAUCCAGUGUUGCCGGCCAGCAACUUCUACCGAGCAUCUUUUACUCUAUAAUGUGUUCGCAGACGGACGACCCUAUCUCAUACCACGUAGUGCUGCUUGUCUUGUAACAGUUGGACCGCCUCGGUCGCGCAGCGAUCAUCAUCAUUUUCUGUCUAAGAUGUCGAGUGAAUCUACAAUGGCCGUAAGCUCUUCGCGCCACAGUUACCACCAGGCAAACGGUAUGACGGGUACACCCGCAAAGAGCAAAUCUCAUAAGCAGUCUUGCCAGCCGCAGUCGUCCGUUGCCGGCGAAGGACCGUCUUUGCACUCGGUUCCUCAGAACAAUCUUUGCGUCGCUUGUAUCUCCAGCGCGAAUCGUCGCCGAGAGCAGUCUGAUAGCGGUAGUCUAGAUGCUUACGAUCUCGCCAGUCCCUGCUGUGAUCCGAAUUGCGUACCUAGUCGUCGACGCCGCGAGAAACAACGACGUGCCCGUAACGAGCAAACUCUUCAUCAACAGCAGCAGCAGCAGCAGCAGCAACAACAACAACAGCAGCAGCAGCAGCAGCAACAAGCUAAUAUACAGCAUCAUCACAUUCAAGGACAACGAGACCAACAACAGCAGCCUAAUGCUCACAAUUGUCCCCGCACGUCCGGUCAUAGUCUUCAUUCCAUUACUAGUAGCGAUGUUUCGACAACAGCUGACAGUGUCGCCUCUUGCUCUACCAGUCUCAGCACCGACACUCUAUACUGGGAUCCGAGCGUGCACCAGCGACCACCGCCGUGCCUUCAAUACGCCAAGCCCAAGUCCUGGGACAACCUGACCACCAAAGCCUUUGGAGGCUACGGCUUCGGUUACGGUUACUUGGACACCGUGACUAUUAAGACUCAUAGCGCGGAACGUCCCGGUAAGGGAUCGCAUAGCGGUGGCAGUAGAUCAAAGACGCCAAUCGGCAUCGUGCAACGCAAGUCCAGCGGUACUAGCGGUAGUACCGUGUACUCGACGGCCACGAGUUCGACAAUCACGAGUCGGCACUUCCAGCCGACCAAGUCGACGGAAAGCUUAUUGAUUGCGCCGGGGCCGUAUCAGGGCGACCUCGAUCAGGCCAGUUUGAGCUGCGAAUGCCUGGACAGCGGUAGUGGCGGCGGCGGACCUAGCUCGCGAUUUAUUCAGCUGGACAAGCACAAACACCCAGACGACGCGGCGGGAUAUAUCCCGCCAACCCAUACACAAGUUAGACAUCGACGGUCUAGUCAUUCCGACGGAAAAUUACGGGCUAUCAAUAACUCCGAAGUCACGCGACUGUAAUAUUGUCCUAAGUACAUUAUCAAGAUGUUAAUAAAGUAUCAACGUAUGUAAAUGUUUGCGUUUUAUUUGGCUAGCCGAAAAAAUGGAAUCACGAUAAUGAUCGAAUCGUUAACAUGUAGUCAGGGACGUCUUUGGAACAAAAUGAAAAUUUAUGUAAUUUGUACCUUUAAGCUUCACACCUUCGUUCUGUCAAUGCGAUACUUCUAAAAUCUUUGUAUCUUUAAAUCAAAAUUACAAACGUCUGACGCCAUCUCUGUUUUUCCUCUAUUAUGCCAUACACGUCCAGAAUUUUUGUUUUCUGUAUGCUUUCAAUUUCACGUUAAGAAUCUACCCGCUGUCAGUUCGUUUGUAUGUAUAUUAGAUACCUUGACAAAUUGCACUUUCGAUUAAAAAGAUUAAUAAAGCUGCCAAAUUAUUUGAAAUAUAG